ACUCAUCCAUCAAUCAAUUAAUAAAGCAUACUUGAUCAUAAAUAAUUUAAUUAAUAAAUUUUCAAAUUAUAAAGCUUAAAAAGAUUGUAUCCUUUUUAGAAUAUUCCACUAAUAAAAAAUAAGAUGUCUUAAAACGAAUUUUUACUUCAACAAAAAAUAAAUAAGUAAUAGUAAAAUUAAUAUUUAAAGAAUUUGAUAGUUAAUGUUAGUGAGCUAACUUUAGAGGCUAUUUACAAAAAUUGUACUGAAAAAUGCAUUUUGAAACAAUUAAAAAGUCCUGAUCUGUCAGAUUAAGAAAAAGUAUGCUUAAAUAAAUGCUUUAUUUAAAAGCAAGGCUCUUUACAGCAAGUUAUUACUGAACAAGCUCGCUUCAGAGAAGCAUUAGAAAAUUAAAAGUGA